AUGAAUUUACAGGGUUCGGAUGCGUUGCGUUCAUUUAAACCUUUAUUUGAUCGAGUAUUAGUUGAAAGAUUUGCUCCUGAAAUUAAAACAAAGGGUGGGAUAAUGUUACCCGAGAAAUCACACGGGAAAGUUCUCGAAGCGACGGUUAUUGCUGCUGGACCAGGUGCUGUCGACAAAGACGGGAAGAAUUUGCCUAUGUCUGUUAAGGUUAUUAUAGUUCUUUUUUCCGUUUUGAGUGGCUGA